GAUUACUGUUGUUUUUGACUUUGUGAAUGUUUUUUCUUCCCUUUUUCUUUUUAGGAUGGAACUGUGAAAAAAUAAUUCAAAACCUCUUGAUCAGAAGAGCUCCAGUGACUCUUCUUCCCCUCCCUCAUUUCAAGCAGGAGGAUGCUUUUUCUUCUUAGCAUUCUCCCCCAGCACUCUGAAUUAGAGAUUUAUUUGCAACGAAAAAUCAAUUAGUCCUAAAUUUAUUCAUGGAUUUCAGGUCCAGCGAUCAAUGCAAGUCCACUCAGUGGGCUCAAGGGGACCCAGUUCAUCCCAGUUAAUGUGUCUGAAGGGGAAUUACCAUUGAUGCUGUUUUUUUCCCUUUAGGUCAGAGAUCAGAUCUCGCUGUCAUGGUCUGCGGCAAGUAGGAAUGACUUCACCCUGCAGCUACCCAAACUGCACCUGGAGACCUUUGCGAUGGAGGGGCUCAAGGGCGGGCCAGAGGUGGUAGCAUGCCAGGGUAUGAUUAAAAGUUUCAUGGAUGUCUACCAGCUUGCAAGCACUAGAAUCACAACAUUAGAGAAGGAAAUGACAUCUCAUCGAAGUCACAUUGCGGCCUUGAAAUCAGAACUUCACACAGCUUGUUUGCGUGAAAAUGCAAGCUUACAAUCAAUAGGAUCACGAGACCAUUCAAAUCUCUCCACUCCUUCAAGAGCUGCUCUUCCUGCUGACACAACUGGUGUUGGGGAUUUCUUACCGUUGAAAGCUGAGCUUGAUACAACUUACACUUUCUUAAAGGAGACAUUUAUAAAUACUGUGCCCCAUGCUCUGACAUCAUCUCACUCCUCUCCAGUGACUAUGUCUGCUAAUGCCAAAAGACCAACUCAGAUUGGAUUAUGACUUCAUGAAAUUAAAAAAUGAAGGAAGAGUUAACAGUACAAUUAAAAUGGUUUUGAAUGGGGAUUUUCUUAUCAGUUGACUUUUGUUUCAGCAGAAGUGACAGUAGAUUUAAAAAAUUUGUGCUAUAUCUUGAUGUAUUCUGGUAGCUCUGUCUCCCUGAAUAAGGAAAUAGCCAACUUUUUUCUCUCCAAGUUUUAUUUAUUAUCACAGUUGCUCAUUUUUAUGUAACAUAUUUUUAAAUGUUAAGGAAUGACACAUUUUGGGUAAUUUCCCUCAGACUUAAAAAAAUCAAUAAGCCAUUUUAGUCUCUAUCUAUCAAAGUUGUUUCAUACUUGUCUAUUUUAAAGCAGGACUGCAAUGCUUUAAUAGGAUUGAGAGAGCUAUUUGAAAUGUAUGCCAAUGAUUCCUGUCAUUUCAUGGCAGCCCGGCCAUGGUUCACUGAGCCCCCUCUUUUCUCUUGUCAGCUCAACUGAAGACAAGCAUUUAGUUGCAAACUUUAAGCAGGUUGUGCAAAACAGAAAUGAUGUGACUGCUUCUCCUCCUGCACAAUAAUGUCACUCCUGGUCAAUGUGAGAAGGUCAGGUUGCUCCUUGUAGAGCUACAUGAUACCACUUGCCCAUUUGAACAAGUUAAGUUAACUGCUGAAUCUGGUCCCUGCAGGCAUUGAAAACUCAUUCUUUUAGCAAGUCUGCAUUUGAUAAGAAAGUAGAGCAAUUGUGCUGGAGGAUUUCUGUGGUAUGUUUAGGCACUUCAUAAGGACAGUUCCCACACCAGGAUAACAGGUAAUAUAUUUAGUGUAAGCUGAAAAACUUCCAGGUAAUGGCUGUUUUGACCUUCAAAAUAGACUCCUUUUUUGUUUUUGUUGUUGGUAGGACCCAAGAGUGACGCCCAUCUUUGAUGCUGACAGAAUUUAAAACAAGGCCAUUGCCCUGCAUUUUCUGCCUUGUAGCACACAAAAGUAAAAUUGUAUGUCAGGCCGAGAUGUCGGGGAGCUGACAAGAUGCCCCAGUGACAUUUCAGCUAGAAAGAGCAAGUGUCUUGCAACCAAGUGGUCAAAUAUCAAAUAAUAGGUCAAGCAGGAAGGAGCUGAGUUCUAACCACAAAGAGGUUUCUGGUAACUUACUUGACAAGCUUUUGGGUGCUUUGUGGCUUGACAAAGUGAUGUUCUGUUGGGUAUCGCUAGACAGACUGUUCUUUAUCGCCUUCAGAAGAUCAGACAUUGACAUUGAUUAAACUCUUUAACCCUUAAAGGUUAAAUCCUUGCAGUUUGCAUCAUGGUAAGUGAAGAACAAAAGAAUAUUUGUAGUAAGAAUUUGUUUUUGUAUUAAUCAUUUAACUCCCUAGUGCUAUUAACUUCUGAUGUGAACUAUAGCUUUUGACAAAGAGUUUUGAUACAGAAUAUUUUUUCUAUUAUUUUUCAUUAUGGAGUCUUUCAUUAUGGAUAUAUUAGAAUUGAACAGAAUGUAUAAUGGAAGCUUUUUCGUCUUAUCUUUACAGUGACAUUUGAUUCAAAUGUAUCCAACUGCUGAGAAUUUUUUCAUUGGCCAUGGUAAAUAAGAUUUUAUACUAACUAUUUGUUAGUAGCCAAAUUAGCCAAGUGAUUUAUGCCAUCUGAGGGAACACAGCAGUAUUACAGUCACACAGUGUAACACAUCCUGUUCUUAUAAUACUGAACUACUAUAAUUAGCUUUAUAUAAAACUUUAGAAAGCUUUCAUGUGGAGUGAAAUUAUAUCUUUAACCAAAUUUCUCUUAACUCUUUCCUUGGAAUUAUUUUUAAUAUGACCUGUGUAACAUGACCUGUAUGAAAUUCACUUACAAAUGUAUUAUAACAUAGAACACGUUAUUUAUUGUUUGGGUACAGAUCAUUUAAUUCCUGCACAUUUCAGAACACCUUUCUCUGCUGUUCCACACAAUAAUUAGGAUAUUGUUCAUAUAGAAAUUGAUAGUUUUUGAGUUCAUGUAAUAUCAUUGAGCUUUUACAAUUCUCACUAUAGAAAAACAUUGUUACUAUAUGUAACCUCUAUGUCUAAGUGUUUGUGUGUGUGUAUACUUGUGUUGAAUCUGUUUUCAGAUCCUACUGAUUUUAGAGGAACAAGUACCUUUUGAAAUGUGCCUUGGAAAGGUCUUGGUCUUCUUGCCUUAAUUUUAUAAUCUGUUAAUGGGAUAACUCCAAAAAUAAAUGUGUAUGUGUCUC